CAGUGUUGACUAGCGUCCAUUGCUCAUCAGGUGGCAACCGUGUGAUUUUACACCAAGCAAAACAACUAUUAUUAUUAUUAAAUUCAGCACAAAGUUCAAUGGUUUUUAGGACUGCACGAUCACAAUUCAAUCAGCUACCUCGGAUAUAGCGAUAAGUAUUGUAAAGGCGCCAACGAUGUUGUCUUCGUCUCGCACAACGUAAAUUUAUUCAAAGACCCACUGCCACAUUUUGAUACGCUCCCGAGUACCUAAACACGUUUCGUAUGCUUGCAUGUCCAUUUCGUAAUGCCACCAAAUAGGAACUAAGGUCUGUCAACGCGAGAUGGCGGCGAUAAAGAACAUCACCCUGGGCAUUCUGUACGGCCUGUGGGACAGCAUACGUGGCAUGACAUUGGUCCUGCACAUUGAUGACGAGGUAAAUCGGCAGAAUGCUGAACAGGAGCACCGCCACCAGAUACGCCGCACUGACAAGGAUCGUUAUGAACGUGCCAGGAGAUCACCGUCGCCUGUUCCUAGUUCAGCAGCUGCCAUGAUCCGAGAGGAGUACGCUAAGCAGGCGGAGCAGAAUGCUGAUGAGCGCACUCUCGAGAAGAUCUUGGGCAAAAAGGCUGCCGCCCAUGAGCAGCAACCUCAAGGGGAGAAGAAGAUCGCCAAGAAACUCUUUAAGUGCUGCAUGCUCAAUGGCGGUUUCACCUGGCUGAGCAUUGUCCUGUUCGAGUCCGCCCUGCUGCCCACACUUAAAUUCUGCCUUACCAUCUUCUAUGGAGCACAAUCAGAGACCCUGCCCGUGGUCUGGGGCUGGCUGCAUCCUAUACUGUCGCUGCUGUUCGGCAUGAUGUGGGUAUUGCCCAUUUUUAUGCUAUCAAAGAUUGUGAGUUCAUUGUGGUUCGCGGAUAUAGCCAAUGCCGCAUAUCGCGUGAGGAAGGGUCGUCCGCAGCUAAUCCCCGGGAUAAGUAAACUAGUGGCGGACUUCCUGUUUAGUAUGGUAGUGCAAAUGCUGUUCCUGGUCCAGAGUAUGCUGGUUAACCUAGUGCCCGUGAAAUAUGUGGGCUCCUCGCUGUGCUUUGUGCAUUUGUGCCUACUAUAUUCACUGUACUCCUUCGAGUAUAAGUGGUUCAAUAUGGGCUGGGAGCUGCAUAGACGCCUGACCUACAUCGAGAAGAACUGGCCCUACUUCUUUGGCUUUGGCAUCCCGCUUACCGUGCUGACGAAUCUAUCCAGCUCGGUGAUCGUCAGCAGCUGCAUCUUCUCCAUCUUUUUCCCCCUGUUUAUACUCAGCGGCAACGAGGCGAAGCCCAUUGUGGACACUACUGAGAUCUCGCUACGUCUCUUCUCGCCGGUGGUCUUCAUAUCGAACCUGUGUUUCGGCGGCAAUCCGUGGAGUAAGGCCAACCGACUGAGUGCAAUGCAGAGGCAGCAAUAUGAGUUGCAACAGCGUCAGCGUCUGCUCCAGCGGGAUGAGCAGCUUCUUAAGCAACGCAAGCAGCAAUAUGUGCAGCAGCAACGUUUACAACAAGAGCAGCUGAUGCGACGGGAUCGCUCCCAUUCGCGGUCACAGACGCCGCAGCUGGGACAGCCGUAUCGCUAUGCCCAGGCGCCCGUUUUUGAUGCGGGAAGGGUGCGGGACUCCUCAGCCUCCUCCACGCACAGCUCCACUUCGCCGAGCAUUAAUAGCCACCGGCCGCCGCCUUAUUAUGGGAGCUCGCUGCGCGGAGCAGCGCCUCUUGUGCCCACUCCGGUGCCUGGGGCACCGAGAGCUCCACUCACCCCGCCCGUGAUACGCCAGGAGUCGGGGCCCGAUGACUGGAACUUGUGAGAUUUAUGCUUAUACACGCAACGUAGGCUUUAGCUAUAUAUAAUUCGAUCUGUGUAAUGUACGUAUCAUCUACCUAUCUAACCAUCGUGAACUGUGUAAGUUAAAGAUAACUCUAGGUCUACGCAUAAUGACAAUGUUCGCUAGUCGACACCGCCACCAACACAACGCCCCAUACGCAUCGGGCAUGACUAUAUAUAUAGAGUGGCUAUAUCUGAAAUGCGGCUCGCGCAACUGCUGCAAUAAUCGUUUACAUGUUUUAUUUUAGGCGGCGUUUUUCUCUUUAAUUUUUGCUCGUAGGGUAUGCUCUACACUAGAAAUUACGUCGGGCGUAAAGUUCAUUUAAUGUAUAAUUAAUCAAAAAUAAAAAUAAUUUUGUACUUUCGUCAA